UUCGGAAAUGGAGGGAUGGUGGAACUUGGACCAUUCCGUGUCAAUAAAGAUGGGAAAACCUUGUGGCUCAAUCAAUUUGCCUGGAACAAUGUGGCAAAUGUGCUGUUUUUAGAAUCACCAGCUGGUGUUGGAUUCUCUUAUUCUAAUACAUCAUCAGAUUAUACUACUGGAGAUGAAAAGACUAGACGAGACAGUUUCACCUUUCUAGUCAAUUGGAUGGAAAGAUUCCCAGAAUAUAAAAACCGUGAUUUUUACAUUGUUGGGGAGAGUUAUGCCGGUCACUAUGUACCUCAACUUGCUCAGCUAAUCUUAUCUCACAAGAAAACAGAACCCAACCUUGUCAUUAACUUGCAAGGAAUAGCUGCUGGAAAUGCCCUCCUCGACGAUGAAACAUGGAAUAGUGGUUCAUACGACUUUUAUUGGACGCACGCACUAAUAUCAGAUGAAGUCCAUGAAGGAAUUGUCAAGAAUUGCAACUUCUCGACAGAAACGUCUACCUCAGAAGCUUGUGACGAGUACACAAGCGAAGCAGAUUCAUGUCAAGCCAAUAUAUAUAAUUAUAACACAUAUUCCCAACUCUGCAACUCUUCUGCCUAUACUUCCCUUCCUAUAGAUGGAUUCGAUCCAUGCUCACCUGAUUACGUAGACAAUUACCUAAACACAGCUGAAGUACAGAAGGCACUUAAUGUCAGAGAUAUACCCCAUUCCUGGGAAUCUUGCAGUGGUUACAUACACGGCCUUUGGCAAGACUCCCCAGAUACUGUUCUGCCAAUCUACAAAGAGCUCAUGCAAAGUGGUAUUCGGGUUUGGAUAUAUAGCGGAGACAUAGAUCAUAUUUUGCCUGUAACUACAAGUAGAUAUGGUAUCGACAAAAUCAAAACACCAGUCAAAACGGCAUGGUACCCGUGGUUCUUCCAAGGGGAGGUUGGUGGUUACGCAGUAGAGUACCAGAACUUGACCUUCGUGACAGUGCGCGGAGCAGGACAUUUCGUGCCAAGCUAUCAACCUGGCCGUGCAUUAACCAUGAAGAGAAUGAACAUUUCCUCUGUUUUACCUCUUUUUCUAAUUUUGUGCUACUUAAGUGCCCAACAGUGUUACGCAGGGGAAGCAGAUGUUCUACGUGAAUUUCUCAAGGCUCGACGGACAAAAACAAGAGAUGUUGUUAGCCAAGGCCUAGCUGUUGCUGAGAAACAGAAAUCAGUGUCAAAAUUCUUAGUGCCACAGGUAGGAUCAAAGAAAAAUGACAAGAUCUCGGCAUUGCCAGGCCAACCAAAAGGGAUCAAUUUUGCACAAUAUUCAGGAUAUGUUACUGUUGAUGCUAAUGCUGGUAGAGCUUUGUUCUAUUACUUGGCAGAAUCACCUAAUGACCCUUCUACCAAGCCUCUUCUUUUGUGGCUAAAUGGAGGACCUGGUUGCUCUUCGUUUGGAAAUGGAGGGAUGGUGGAACUUGGACCAUUCCGCGUCAAUGAAGAUGGAAAAACUCUGUGGCUCAACCCAUUUGCCUGGAACAAAGUGGCAAAUGUCCUGUUUUUGGAAUCACCAGCUGGUGUUGGAUUCUCUUAUUCUAAUACAUCAUCAGAUUAUACUACUGGAGAUGAAAAGACUAGACAAGACAGUUUCACCUUUCUCGUCAAUUGGAUGGAAAGAUUCCCAGAAUAUAAACACCGCGAUUUCUACAUCGUUGGGGAGAGUUAUGCUGGCCACUACGUACCUCAACUUGCUCAGUUAAUCUUAUCUCACAAGAAGACAAAACCCAACCUUGUCAUCAACUUGCAAGGAAUAGCUACUGGAAAUGCCCUCCUCGACGAUGAAACAUGGAAUAGUGGUUCAUACGACUUUUAUUGGACGCAUGCACUAAUAUCAGAUGAAGUCCAUGAAGGAAUUGUCAAGAAUUGCAACUUCUCGACAGAAACGUCUACCUCAGAAGCUUGUGACAAGUACACAAGCGAAGCAGAUUCAUGUCAAGCCAAUAUAUAUAGUUAUAACACAUAUUCCCAACUCUGCAACUCCUCUGCCUAUACUUCCCUUCCUAUAGAUGGAUUUGAUCCAUGCUCAGAUAAUUACGUAGACAAUUACCUAAACACUAUUGAAGUGCAAAAGGCACUUAAUGUCAGAGAUAUACCCCAUUCCUGGGGAUCUUGCAGUAAUGACAUAGGCGGCUAUUGGCAAGACUCUCCCGAUACUGUUCUACCAAUCUUCCAAGAACUCAUGCAAAGUGGCAUCAGAGUUUGGAUUUAUAGUGGAGACAUAGAUCAUAUUUUGUCAGUAACGACAAGUAGAUAUGAUAUCAACAAAAUCAAAACACCAGUCAAAACGGCAUGGUACCCGUGGUCCUUCCAUGGGGAGGUUGGUGGUUACGCAGUAGAAUACCAGAACUUGACAUUCGUGACAGUACGUGGAGCAGGACAUUUCGUGCCAAGCUAUCAACCUGGCCGUGCAUUGACCAUGUUCUCGUCCUUCAUCAAUGGCACACUCCCUCCUGGUUUCCAUUAA